AUGGACGGAAGUUUGCCGAAAAAUGUGAAAAAAGUGUUCACCGAUAUUGGAACAUUGAGCGCUGACAUAAACAGACGUUUGUCGAAAAUUAUUGGAUUUCAGAAGUUCCAAAAAUCAAUUCAAUUGAAAAUGGAAAACAAACGAUCAGCAAUGAGAAAAGAGCAAAUUGGUAAAAUUGAGAAGAAGACGCAAGAGUUCAGCGGCCAAUUAACGAAGUUAUCGUCUUUCGAAGAAAGCAAUCGAAAGAAGCUGGAAGAUACAGAAAAAGAAAACGAAAAACUUAAACAUUUAAUCAAAUCACUUGAACUGGAAAUCGCGAGUGCCGUUCCACUAGCUGAUAGUGAUAAUGAAGAUGACUUCUUCCUAAAGAACACUCCGACGUCGUCGAAUCCUUCUGUAGCUGGAUCGAUCACAGAUAAUGAAGAUAUGUUUGAAUUCGAUCUGCUGGGACUCAAAAAUCGAUCAGAUUCGUCGUCAUCAAGUUGUUCUUCUCAAUCGAAUCGAGCAGGAUCACUGUUCUAA